AAUGUGGGAAACAAUUUCCACAGUCACACAAGCUACAGAGACACAUGAGGAACCACAGUGGAAUCAAGCCACAUAAGUGUGCUGAAUGUGGGAAAGGAUUUACAGAGUACAGUAAUCUGGGAGAGACACAUGAGGAUUCACAGUGGAAUCAAACCUUAUCAGUGUGUUGGAUGUGGGAAGAAAUUUACAGAUUCGGGUAGCCUGCAAACACACAUGAGGAGUCAUAGUGGUGUGAAGCCUUAUCAGUGUGUUGAAUGUAAGAAACGAUUUACACACUCAUACAGUUUGCAGACUCACAUGAGGUCUCACAGUGGAAUCAAACCAUAUCGGUGUGAUGAAUGUGGGAAAGAGUUUCCCGUUUCGAGUAGCCUGCAGAGACACGUGAGGAUUCACAGAGGACUCAAGCCUUAUCAAUGUGGUGAAUGUGGGAAAGCAUUUGUAGUAUCAGGUCAACUGCAGAGACACAUGAGGAUUCACACUGGUUUGAAACCUUUCCAGUGUGUUGAAUGUGGAAAAAAGUUUUCGAGAUCAGGCGGUCUGCAUAGACACAUGCGGACUCACAGUGGAAUCAAGCCAUAUCAGUGUGAUAUAUGCGGAAAAGAAUUUACAGAGUCAAGUACUAAGCAGAAUCACAUGAGAAUUCACAGUGGAAUCAAACCUUAUCAAUGUGUUGAAUGCGGGCAAAGGUUCACACAGUCAUCCAACAUGCAGAGACACAGGAAAAUUCACAAUAAAAUUAAGGCUUCCCAGCAGACAGAGCAGCACAAUUAGUUUCAUUUUUGAAAUGAGAUUAGCUUUUGGCCCAGGUCCAGAAUGAGCAUCUUUUGUGAGAAUUUAGGAUGUUUUGAAUUUAACCCAGAUGAUUUUGUAGAGUUAUUUGUAGCCAUGGGUCCAUCUUGAGAUCAAGUGUAUUAGCUGGAGACUGCCAACAGUCAAAGCAAUGUAAACACCUGACAUCCUGUUGGAAGGCUGUCAUCAGAAGAGUUGUACACAAAGAGACUGCAAUAUAAGCAUUCCUAAAAGCGAUAUGAUUCGUAUCCGAUGCAAUACUUUUAUGUUAUCAGGGAGAAACAUAUAAACAUGGUGCACUGUGAAGAUUGUUAUUCCAGCUAUCAAGGAGAUGUAAGUCAGUAAGUGACUGAGCGUGGUUUAUGCCGGUUUUAGCAACAUUCCAGCAAUUUCACGGUGCGGCAUGGGCAUCACCCAUUGUGCCCAUGUGGGAAUCAAACCCUGGUUUUCGUCGUGAUUAGUUGUGAAUAAUUCUUUUCCAUUUUUCUGCGAAUAUCAACGGGAGUAGAAACCAUUCCCAUCUUCUUAAUAAAUGUAAAAUAUGGUACUUGUUGGUCCCUGUCUGGCGCUC